AAGGUUUACCUGCAUUUCUUUUCUUGCAAAACUUCUGCGAGAAGCUUCAUUGUGCACUUUCUGUUCGUGAACUGCGGUAACAACUGGGGAUCUCUACAUCAAAUCUUUCGAAACCGAAAUCAGAGUUUGAGAAAAUGUCUUCAGAAAGGACAGGAAGUGUAGUAGGGAGUGAGGUGGAGCCCCUGGACUAUGGGAGUAUGGACACAGAGAGUAGUCCAUCUCCAUCUAGUUCGGAGAGAACAGUAGAAGGGGUGAGAGGAGAUGAGGUGGUGGAGGUUGGGGGGAACGAGGUGGUAGGGGUUGAGGGGGAUAACAUACCCAUCACUGUGGUAGAAGUAGAAGGUAAUGGGGAGAGAGGUUAUGAUGAGAGUGCAGAGAUAGUGGAAGAGGUAAAGCAGUAUCGAUCUGAACUAAGGACCAGGGAUGACCUGUGCCACUUAGUAGAAACGUACGAGAUCUCUUCUUGGGUGUUAGUUAGGCCAGCUGGGGUAGAGGAGAGGGCAUGUUCUGCUCCUCGGGAUCAUUGGAUGCCUGUAUACUCCCAUUAUUUGUAUGCUGGGCUUAAGUUUCCAAUUCCCGAGUUGUUAAUAGGUUUACUGUUAGAUUACAACAUAGGGUUGACACAGUUGGUCCCUAACGCAAUGAGGGGAGGGAGUAGGAGGGAUAAGGGGUGGUAUUAUUUCACCCCUAGGGUAGAUAAGAAGGAGAGCAUGAUUUUAUUUACUGCAGGUCCUUCAUCUAUUAAGGGAUGGAAGGAAAAAUUCUUUUUUGUUGAUGAUAUGGAGUGGGGGAAAGGGGAUGCCGAGGUGAGGGCAUUAGUUUCCUGGAAAGCUAAAAGGGCCAACCAGAAUAGGUUUAGUUUGAAUGGGGAUGAGGAGGAAGAAGUGAGGAAGUUGGUGAGGAAGAGGGAGGAUGAAUUGAAUAUCAUGGACCUCACCAACGCAGCAUGCAUAGAGGCUGCUGAGCUCUAUGGGCCAAGCGCUUUGAGUGAAGCUGACAUGGACCAGUUUUUGAACACUGCCAGAGGAAAGGCCAUCCCCAAGAAGCCAAGGAAGAAGUCAAGGACUUCAACCAGGCAAGUGGAUGAGGGGAGAGCUGGGAAGAAGGUAGUAACUACUGCUUCAGCUGAGACGGGGGAAGAUGUGCCACAGCUGAAGAGGAAGGGUUGGGAAGAGAGGAGGGCACUAGAGAAGAAGAAGAAGGUGGUGGAGGAAGAGGGGAGUGGGGUGCCUGAGUUCGUACCUCAGCCUCCUCCUGUUGAGCUGAACCUUGAGCUUAGAUGGUUGGAGGAGGGGGUUGAGGUACGAGCUCCUGGUAAGGGAAAGGGCCCUGUUACCUCGGCGGUGCCUCAGAGCAGCCUGUUCGAGGCGAAGAACAUGAUGGGGGCUAGGUGGUUUAUCAACAACACCUUCCCCGAAGUAGACAAAUGCCACGCACGAGAGGAGGCUCUGAGGUACGGAGGAGCUUCUGUGGUGAAGCACGUCAUUGAGAGCGCGAGCUGGGUGAAUGGUCUAGCCCAGGAGUUCAGGGAGGGUGUCGGCCACCAAGGUUACAUACUUUACCAUCACAGGAUCAACAACUUCAUAGAUUGAGUUAAUUUGGUUUACCACCAACUGGGAGUCACUGUAGACUUGAAUUGUUCUGAUUUUCAACUCCAAUGCUAGCUGUAAACCAAGUAGUGGAGCUUCAUAUUCAGCCAUGUUAUUUGUUGCAUCGAAAUUGAACUUCAG